UUUUUAAAUGAAUGGGUUGCCUGACGCGACCCUGAAGUGUUUGCACGCAGCACGUUUGUUAUGUUUUCUUUUAAACAGGCAUGAGAAGAGGCAGCCCAGGGUCCUUCAGAGCCACCCCCGAGAGUAAAGAACUACAAACUGAGAGAAGGUCAGGAUGGUCCAAAACAUACUCAGUAAAGUCGUCGGCGCCAAGUACAUUGCUAUACUGAGGACGUGGGUACCAAAUCUGGCCGCCUGGGGAACAGUUGGCGGAGUGGCACUGGUUCACUUCACAGACUGGCGAUUAUUUCUUGACUAUGUGCCAUACAUUAGAGGGAAGUUCAAGGAUGAGUGAAGUCCCACCCAACUUAUUUGACCAGAACUUGGGAAUGGGCUCAUGGGUGGAUUGCUUACACAACGCAAGCUUAAAACUGGGAUACCCUGGCUCAACAGUCAGUCACUGAGGGGCUUGUUAGGAGUUUGGACACCAGGAUGCAAUCUGUGCAAAGUGCUGUCUUGAUACAGUAUUAUUUCAUGUGAAUAAAACUUUAAUUUUCC